AACAUCCAUCAGGUCUCUUCCUUAAGUCCCUCUCUCUCUCUCUCUCUCUCUUCUCUUCUUCUUCUUCUUCUUUUUCUUCUUCUUCUUCUUGUUUCAUUUUCUUGUGAAAGAUCAGUUUCUCGAGUUGUAAUUUUCCUUCUUAAUCUCUCAACAGUUACCAUCUCUUUCUUUCUUUCUUUCUUUCCCAUUUUGUGCGCAUACAUAGGUAUUCGCCUUUUUUUUUAGUCAAAAUAAGAUAUUGUAUACAUAUAAUUAAUAGUGAGAAUUAAAGGUGCCAUCUUAGUGGACAGAUAUUUUUUCAGAAAGGUUUAUAGUCACCUUUAACAAAGAAUGAAGGAGAGUGGUAGAAAACAAGGUGCACUCUCCCCAUGCGCAGCUUGCAAGCUUCUCCGCCGGAGAUGUGCUCACGACUGUGUCUUUGCUCCAUAUUUUCCAGCCGAUGAGCCUCAGAAGUUUGCCAGUGUUCACAAGGUAUUUGGGGCAAGUAACGUCAACAAAAUGUUACAGGAAUUACCUGAGCAUCAACGAAGUGAUGCGGUGAGUUCGAUUGUGUAUGAAGCAAAUGCUAGGGUACGUGACCCAGUAUAUGGGUGUGUUGGGGCAAUAUCAUCCUUGCAGCAACAGAUUGAUUCUCUGCAAACCCAGUUGGCAAUUGCACAAGCUGAGGUUGUUCACAUGAGAAUGCAACAAUAUGGUUCGUCUUCCAAUCCAGGCACCGUGGACAUGGUGGUUGAUCAGGCCAACGUUGGGGAGUCUUUGUGGUCAUGCUAGCUUGCUUUGCAUGCUUCAUGCUUGCCUUCCCUUUUUGCCUAUAUACAUAUUAAUUAAUUAUAAUGGGCUUGCUUUAUUGUCUCCCCUCUUCCAUAUACCCUUUUGCUUUUUUUCCCCCUUGGUCUUUAUAGCACAUCUCUACUUGACUAAGGCAUGAUGAUUAUGAUCAUUAACCAUAUUGUACAUAUUUCUAAACAUAUAAUUAUGAGUUAUGAUAUCUUUAGUACUAGAGAA